GGCUGCCAUGUUUAAAUCUAUUUGUUUAGCUGUUAGCAUUCUCACUAUCGCAGGCUGAAUCUCUAAUAACUCCACAAUGGAUAUAAAGUGCACUAAGUAGCACGUUUAUUUUCUGCCCUGUGGAGUAUAUUUGGGUAGGGGACUGGGAGACAUUUGUAUUCCAGCCUCGAACUGUAUAAGCUAAAGUAAACAAAAUCCAGCGAAACGUUUUAAUGGAAGACGACUUAUCCUUAGAACUAUCACUUUCUUUGCUGAUGUUCAGUUAGUCUCCUUAAUACCAAACUUUUAUUUUGUCCCAGCUGUCUGAACUUGUCCGUACUUGUCCACUAGAAAUGAAUAUUCAUGAGGGCAGCGCGCGAGCCAGUGGACACUACAACAGCAUCAUGAAUGGAGAUGUUAAAACAUGUCCGGUGUGUGAGACAACUUCACGGACAGUGAAAAGUAAAAUGUGUGUAUGAUGUAUUGUCUGAGAUAUUCUGGGAUGGAAGAAAGUUUGUGGUACGAGAAAACCUCCUCCAGCGUCACAUCUAGUUUACCAGCGUGGAUAAUUGAAUAUGCCUGGACUCACCGGAUGAUGGAGGUGUUACAAGUUUUAGGUCCUCCACUGUGGCUGGAAGGUGACCGGAGCAGCCUGACCCUUAAGGACCCAUGUAGCAUCCGUGUGACCGCAGCCGAGUCCUGGAUGGUCGUCCAUGCCAGAGACAUCAAACACUUUGAGCAAGUCAUGGAGUUCCUGCAUGUUACUCACACUUUACUACCUCAGCUAGUGACCCCCAUCAAGCACAUGAAGAUCAUGUUUGGCCUGAAAACUUUGGUUAUUAUGUGGAUGUUUUGGGACGACCAAAGCAUGGAAAGCAUCAGAGACAAGAUUGUAAAGUUCUUUUCUGACAGCCUCCCACAGUAUCAUAGAAGUAGUCACAGGCAUAUCCAGCUGAUGCAAAAGGCCCAGCAGGACUUUAGGAACUUUGCACAGUUACUGAACAAAAAGCCAGAAAUGCGAAAAAACUAUAUUAGAAAUCUCAUGGAACAGCAGUAUGGUGAACGCUACAUCAUGAAGUUAGAAGAGAGGUUGUUGCAUUAUUUAGAAGAGCUGAACAAAGCCCUUCCACAACCCACCUACAUUGACCAGGUUCUAAAACAAUCACAGCCAUUGAAGGGGAGAGAGGAGUUACUGCAACAGUUAUUCACCUGUAAUAGUGCGUCUCCAGCCACAGCACUAAAGAAACUGCUGAGAUGUGCUAUGGCAAGCCCUAUAGAUCAUAAAAGUACAGAGAUGCAUAAGCAUCAAAAAGGAGCUCAAGUCGAUGGACCAGUGUUUGGGCCUCUUUCUGUAGCUCUUAGGCCACCUCUGGAAGAGGCAGAGGAAGACUGGCUGUCCCAGGCAUCCUAUCAGGGCUCCUGGCUGAAUAGAGAUAAGAGUUUGGAAAGACAGAUGACAGUGUUGAAGAAGAAGAAUGAUUUAGAUCAGACUGACAAUGCUCCAUGUAUGCCUAAAGAGCGGUGUCCUCAGAUGGUUGAGAUCGGAUUCGUUGCUGAAGUGAAGAAAGCUGAAGAUGACUUAACAGUGCACCUGUGCUCCAAACAUGGCAAGAGAAUGAAGAGUAUACUCCAAGAAUGCUCUGAGGAGCAGAGGAACCAGGACCUUGAAGCUUCACUGAUGCAGGUGGAAUCCACUCCUCCACUACCUCACCCUCCACUUCUCCAGUCCAGUCCUCACAGACUGACCUCAGCAUCUCCUCAUAAUGACUCGUUUUCUACAAACAUUUCUCUAUUUUCACAGCCAGAGUCUUUUUCAUAUCUUUCAGUAGAGGAAGAGCGACAGGUUCACCCUUUACAACUGAUGCUGUCUUCACAGACAUCUCCAGAAGAAGAAAAUAAUUCUAGUCGCUUAUCAAGGCAAAAAAGCGACAUCUCAUUGACAUCAUCUUCUCCAGAACGCUUAGUACAGCUAGUCAGCCCUUCACUAAUAUGUUCAAUUCAGCCAUCUUCAUCUUCAACCAAUAUUUCAUCAUUUCCAGAAAUCAAUAUCGCACAAAAAUCAUCCUUAACUGAGCAGGAAUCCUCACCGAUAUCGUCCUUCAAUAAAAUCAGUUCGGAAUCUUCAUACCAUCAGCUUGGUUCAUCAUCGCCAUCACCAGCAUCCUCCGCAGCUCCAGCAGUGACUCUUAAUCCAAGCCAAAAUGAUGCACAGGUCUGUUUAGAGUCAAGCAGCACAUUAACAGGAAAACCAAGGCUUUCUUCAGAGACUCAGGCUUUCCUCUUGGUGUGUAAGUGGCUGCAGCCUCAAGUGAAGCUCCACAGAUUAAGCCGGCAUGAGUGCCACCAAGCCACACUGCCAAACCAUGCUCCAGUGCCGUCAGAUGAAGAAGAUAUGUUUGAUGUCAAUUUACUGUAUUCAGACUCUGAAUCGGACACACAAGACUCCGAUGAUUCUGAUUAUGUUCCAUCCAAGAGACGCAGGUACAGGUGAAGUACAAAACAAAUGAAUGUUAGACAUCAUGUGCAAUUAUGUAAUCUACCUAAUAGCAGGUGGAUAUUGAUCAUUAACCAGACUUUUGCGGCGCUCUCAGCUUUUAUAAUGCUGCUCCUCAAACUGCAGACUUUAGUCAUCAAUUACAUUCGAUGUUAAAAAAGUACACGACAUUCAAACAAGCAAUUUUAUAUCAUUUAUUAAUAACGACAACUUGAUGCGAGCUUUUAAAAUACCUCAUAGAAAAGCUUAUUUAUUUAAUUCUUAGGACUCUGACAUUUUUAACUUGUUUUGACAACUUUGUGAACUAUAAAACUUUCCACUUGAUGUUUUUUUUUUUCUGAUGGUUUGUGUGUGUGUGUGUGUGUGUGUGUGUGUGUGUGUGUAUAUAUACACCCUGAUGGCAGUCUGACAAAUCUUUGACACAAGCGCACGUAGCCCAUGAAUGAUUGCAUUUUCUGCUGAUUCAUGGACGUUUGUACUUAUGUCUGGAGGGUCUAAGGGUUAUCACAUUUAUUAAACAAAGUUUGUUGACACACUGGACAUGACAGGUAGUUACAGUUGAGGUGCUUGAGUUACUGAAAGCACUGCAUACAAUUUUAGAAUGAAGAUUGUUUUUUUAUUAUUAUUUAUACAAAGAAAACAUUUGUGAUGUUUGGUUUCACUGAAGUUCCUUUUUUUCUUUAACACAAAUAAAUGGUCAGAGUGUAUGGUGGAUAUAAAAAAGUCUA